GCCGACUUCUCAGUUUCUGUAUUUCAACCAUUUUCGGCCUUUUGACUCAGACUUUUUCUGUGGCCUACUUACGCUCGGUCGCCAUCUUCGGAAGGUAUCCGGCUUUAAGUCUCUCUUUUGCUCUUUAAUUCUAUUUUUGUUCAACCAUUCAGUCUUUUUAUUGGAUCACGCCCAAUUUACAAAGUUUCCUUACACUGAGGUCUCAUUUGCUCUCCAACAUUCCUCCCUCAGUCCUCUAGGGGUACUUGUAUGUGUAGGCCUCCCGUCCUUUAGUGUAGUGAUUUUAGUCAACUUCAACUGGAUUAACCCUUGCGGUAUUUGGUUUUACAGAAUAUCAGCCAACCGGCCACACACAACUUCACAAUGUACUCACAAAUCGCAAAAUUGGUAGCCCCAGCAGCCCGAACCUCCCUUAUCGCUGGUUCCAGAGCUGCAUACCUGCGACCAGUCAGCAGUGCACUGUGCCAGACCUCACCUUUAGUCAACUCUCAAAGUCUAGUUAACUCACAAGUCAACACAGUCAGCCUGUUACCAGCUGUCCGAAACCUCCAGACAUCAGCUGUCUCAAGGGAUAUUGACUCAGCAGCUAAGUUUAUUGGUGCUGGUGCUGCUACUGUUGGAGUGGCUGGAUCAGGUGCUGGUAUUGGAUCAGUCUUCGGAUCUCUCAUCAUUGGUUAUGCCCGUAACCCAUCCCUGAAACAACAAUUGUUCUCUUACGCUAUCCUUGGUUUUGCCUUGUCUGAAGCCAUGGGACUUUUCUGUCUUAUGAUGGCUUUCCUAUUGCUUUUCGCUUUCUAAGCGGCAUUUUAGUUACACUGCCAUUGCAUCCAACUUAAGCAAUGUCUUCAAGUUAUUCCGAGAAAUAAUUUUUAUAAAACACUCCAAAACCCAAUGGGCAGUCUACUCCCCCCUCCAAACCAAGUGUUGUUAAAUUUUUAAUUUUAUUUAUUAUAUUUAAUGAUCACUGUAAAUCUCUGGAUCAUUCUUAGAGAGGCGCAGCUCAAAUUUCUGCUAUUUGUCUUCAUUUGGCGAACGAAUUAACAUUCAACUGUUCUGUCCAGCUUAUUUUGGUUCCAAUGGUUACUUCUGAGAACAGGUCUUGCAUGUUAAAACGUGAGCCAAUAAUGCGAUGGCCGUCAAAUGGCUUUUCCUGGCAUAGAAAUUAUUUCUUUGAAUCUAAUUUUAUCUAAUUUUAGACAUUUAAAUCAGUAGAUGUAAUUUUAAUGUUAUUUUUAGAGCCCAGCCCUGGUGAAAACACGAACUCAAUUUAAAAACCGUAUAAAAAAUAUAAAGGAAUUUCUCUCUACAGCUAUCCUUACCAAAACUUAAUUCAGGCGUGUCCAAGUGAUUUUGGAAUUUUGUAUUAUCGUGUAAUGGUUGAACAUUUUUCACAUCUUGUUUUGUACUACUAUCUAGAGGUUAGGACGAGGAAUUGGCCCAGUUUAAUGAUGAAAGCUCAUUGAUUUUUCUUUUUCUUAAGUUUUCUGUACAGCGUUAGAUCAAUAAAUUCAUAUAGUUGUGAAAAAA